UUUAUGAAUAUGAGGUUUAAAUAAGUGAUUAAGAUGGCAGGAUCAAAUGCUGUGUUUGGUAAUGGCUCAGCUAAGUCCUAUGGGCAAGCCAGGUGUUUUUGCAGGUUUUCAGAAUUGUUAUGGUAAAUUCAGUGGCUGUCCCCAAUGAGGUUGUAAUAACACUGACUGGCCAGUUACCAAAAAGCUUGUUUUCAGCUUGUAGUUACAGUCCGGUGGGUGAAUCUCCUCAUAGAACUGGAUGGCUACGCUGUCGGAAGAGACAGAUAUCCGGAACCAAGUUGCAAUCGAAAUCCCGGCAGCGUCUUAUGAUGCUCUUGUGAUUCCACUCAAAGAAAAGAUGGAGACAAUGUCUACUGCAAGUUGUAUAUGCAGAGUCAGUAAGAAGCUCCUGGAGAAAAAUGAAAACCAUUACAUCCCUCAGACGAUUUCCAUCGGUCCUUUCCAUCAGGGUAAGAACAAUUUGAAAACCAUGGAAGAGCAUAAGUGGCGUUACCUAUACUCUCUCCUGAAUCGAAAACCUCAUCUGGAACCGACCCUGGACAAAUGUGUGAAGACUUUGAGAGAGCUAGAGCACAAAGCAAGACUGUUCUAUGAAGAUCAUGAACAGAUCAAACUGUCGAGCAAUGAAUUCGUGGAGCUCAUGUUGGUCGAUGCCGGUUUCCUCAUCGAGCUCUUCCUCAAGUAUGCUAUAAAGGGUCUAAAACGCCGUGGUGAUUACGUGUUUAACACGUCAGGACUGCUGUACGAGUUGAGGUGCGACAUGUUAUUGCUAGAAAACCAGAUUCCCUAUUUCAUUCUUCAACGAUUGUUCGAAAUCGUACCGAUUCCUGAACAGUGCAAACUGUCCCUCACCGAACUUGCCUUCCGUUUCUUUAGAAACAUGAUUCCAGGGGAUCACAGACUUCAUCUGGCGAAAUUCGGGCAAGAAGGAAACCAUUUCCUUGACUUAAUCCGGCACUGUUUCCUCCCAACAUUUCCACGGGCCAAAGCAAAGCAAGAAGGACAAAGAGGUUUGCCUCAUAAGGCAACUGGGCUCAUAGCCGCUGGAAUUAAGCUCAAAAGGGCUACAACGGAGGACUUACUAGACAUAAAAUUUGUCAGAGGUGUCCUCGAAAUUCCACCUGUAGAAGUCCAUCAGUACACAGAAAGGCUCUUCAGGAAUCUCAUUGCUUUUGAGCAGUGUCGUUCUGAUCAAAGCACGCCGCACAUCUCAUCCUAUGUGCUUCUGAUGAAAAGCCUGCUCCAAGACGAAAAAGAUGUGAAACUACUGAAAAGAAAGCAAAUCCUGACCAACUACGAUGUCAUUGACAGAAAGCAGGUCAGCACGUUGUUUCAUAGGCUAUGGGAGGAGAUGUAUGUGAUGGAGAAUGUGACCGAUUUUUACUAUGACGGCCUCUGUGAGCAAGUGAAAGACUAUAAGAAAGGCAGAUGGAAUUGGAAGCCAACGGAGCCUAGACAUCUCCAACACCCUCUGCCUCGUAUUGUGGUUGUCAUUGCAGUUUUCCUCAUCCUCCUCAUCUUGAUUGGAGCUUUGUUCUCCAUAGUCUCCUUUUUUGUUCACAGAUUCUAGGAAAAAAUUUCAUCAGGAGCGUGAUCCAUUGCUUUUCUUGAAACAACAACAGUACUGCACCUGUUUUCAAUGCCAUUUGAUGCAGAUCACAAACAACCCUCAGAAUCAUUCAAGGCUUUUGUCCAUGAUUCCCUGCAUAUUGCCAGGAGAAAAAAUAAAUUGUUUGAUAUAUAUUCACCAUGACCA